AUGGGGCUCAUGUCGAAGCUGACUCUUUACCUGGGCACUGCGGCCCUGUACGUGGCGGUGUGCAAAGCACAAACGCCGGAAACGGCGCCGGUGUGCGCGUGCCCGAAAAUUCUAGAACCGGUGUGCGGCACUGACGGUGAAACCUACGGAAACGUGUGCCUGUUGGAGUGCGCUGGCACUGCGGUCGCUAGGCAAGGGCCUUGUCCACCAGGUGGUGCUGAGGAGAUCCCCGUUGUCUGCCCUUUGAAUGAGCUUCCAGUAUGCGGCUCUGAUGGCGUUACGUACGGCAACGAUUGCUUCCGUCAAGCUGCUCGGGUUGAGCUCGCGUACGAAGGGCCGUGCUAA